GCGCGACGCCAGCUGUCAAAGCCUCAAUUGACCUGGCGAGUGAUUUGCGGAGCCCACGCUGAAAUUCCCGUCCAAUUUGGCGCACACCCGUCACAAUGUUUGCUUAAGUCAGUGGACUGAGUGUGUUGCCAGCUAUGACUCUGCCGGUGUUGCACAGCGCUGGCGUGGCCUACAGGCGGAUUCUGUCCCACUUCCCUCAGGACAUCAGCUUGGCUUUUGCCUAUGGCUCCGGCGUUUUUCAACAACAUGGCACCGACCACGGUCAGAUGCAGAAAAACAUGCUGGACUUUGUGUUUGCCGUGGAUGACCCGGUGACCUGGCACACCAUGAAUCUCCUUCAGAAUCGCAAGCAUUACUCCAUCCUGAAGGUGCUGGGACCCACCAAAAUCAGCAGCAUUCAGUGUGGCCAUGGUGCGGCUGUGUAUUACAACACACUGGUUCCACUUGACGGCAAGAUCAUUAAAUAUGGCGUGAUAAGUACGGAGGCUCUGAUUGAUGACCUGAUGCACUGGAAAACCUUGUAUGUUGCGGGGCGGCUCCACAAACCGGUGAAGAUGCUGGUUCAGGGGGAGAACGGGAAGCUGCGGGCGUCUCUGGUGGCCAACCUCAAGAGCGCCGUGACGGCCUCUUUUCUGAUGUUGCCUGAGAGUUUUACGGAGGAGGAGCUGUUUUUGCAGAUCGCUGGUCUAUCCUAUGCUGGUGACUUCCGGAUGAUAAUCGGAGAGGACAAAUCAAAGGUGUCCAAUAUAGUCAAAGACAACAUUGAUCACUUCCAAUUCCUUUAUAGUAACAUCCUUCGAGAUUGUCCUCAAGUGGUGUACAAACCUCUGCAAGGAAAAUUAGAGGUGGACAAGAGCCCAGAGGGCCAGUUUGUCCAGCUGAUGGCGUUGCCGCGGACACUGCAGCAACGCAUUACAAAGCUGGUUGACCCGCCGGGUAAAAACAGAGACGUGGAGGAAAUCCUGCUGCAAGUGGCUCAGGAUCCGGACUGUGGAGCUGUUGUCCAACAGGGAAUUUCCUCGAUAGUGAAGUCUUCAAGCAUAACACAGAGUAUCAAAGGCAUCGCGACAGCUGGCUUGUGGAAGACCGUGGCCUACAGUUCCAAGAAAAUGAUCAAGAUGUGGAAGGGCUGGAGGAGGAAGCCCUCCGUCUCUCAAACGUCAUGACGUCGGUGGAUGAGAUGCAUUUUUACUCCCUGGACUUGUUUGCCAGUCAAUCAGUGUCUUCCUGUUAUUUUAGGAUUAUAAAAAAACCUGGUCUGUGGUCCUUGACUUGACGGUCCAUUUGUCUGCUUUGAUGG